AUGAAUAAGGUUCAGAUUUUCAUCGCGGUGGUUCUUGCUUCCUCCGCCAUAGCCAUGGCAGAGCAACCCCUAGACCAAGAAAUCGAUGAACUGUUUAAAUGGCCAUCUCUUACCCAUCACUAUGAUUCCUUGUCUUUCUUCAAAAAGUUCCAGUGUGGUGCUUCCAUCCACAAGGUUUACUCAUGUCUCCGAUUAUCUUUCCUGAAGUUUAACACCCAGAACUUCCAACUCCUCCAUGUUGCCACCGACUGUUGCGCCUCCAUACGUGAUUUUCGUGAGAGAUGCAGUGACGGCAAGAUCGGGCAAUUUGAGAGUUUUUUAUUUCCUCCGCUGCUUUUCAAACAAUGUAUCGCCGGUGAUGCGGCGGCACCAGGGCCAGCACCGGCUGCAGCCGCUGGACCAGCUGCUGACAUUGAAGUGUAA